AUGACUGGUGUAAUUUUGGUCGAGCGGAGUCGUGGCGCUAUCGCCCCACUCUUGAAACCUGGAAAGCCGCCCAAGGAGUUAGAGCCGCACCGACCCACCAGCCCCACCCCCAUUGUCAGCGAGGUUGCUGGGAACAUGAUACCGACUAAAGAGACUGCUUUGGGUAUGGAUGCCGCGCCCCCACCAGCAUGCGCGCCACAGUUUGCGCACCACGGCGGCGCAGCUGCCCCACAUGGUUCACAAAGCGGGGCGCAACGGAGACGGUUAAUUCCCCGCGCGCUGCUGCAAGACCUGCGGUGUUACCUCGCACUCUGA